UCGCCAGAGCUCAGGAGCUGCCCCCGCCCCUGAGCGGCGGAGUCCUGGCCGGCCUUGGAAGCCCCCCGGAGCCAUCGCCCCACCCCAUCCCCAUCCUAAUGCCCUCCACCUUUGUGGGGACAUUUUAACCUUGGAGAGAGGAGGUCUUGCCCUUAACCCCUCGUCCCCCGCCCCCAAGAGGGGAGACUGUCUUAUAGAAACCUUGGAAGGAAACAAGAUGCCAGGCCUAUCCGUGCUUGGAGAUCCUACGGACAAGGCCACAAGAGGGACAACUCCAGGUGAGGACCUCACGGCCCUCGGGCCUCCUUUCAGCCCCUGAUUAAGCCUUUUAUUCCUGGGCCUCAGUCUGAAGUAGACUGGGAUCCCAGGAAAACUCAGCCCUCUCAUUAAACUGAAAGGGAAACUGAGGCACAGAGAAGAAUAGUGAUUGGCUAGAGUCACAUGGCUAGUUCCUGGAGGAACAUAGGCCCGAGACCAGGGAGCCUGGCUUCCUGGCCCCGGGAGAUCCUCCUGUUCCUUAACGCUGGAGACUACCGAUACAUUGUGUUCCUUUCUCCCUUGCCCUGCACCCAGCCAAGGGCCAGGCAGCUCCGCCUCCGAACCAACUGUCUUUUCUUCCCCAGCAACAUGCAGAUCUUAGGUGGGUUUUCUGGACCAAUGGCCUUUCUGGACAAACUUCUGGAUCCCAUGGACUCCAUGACCAGGUUGCUACUUAUAAAUGUCUGCUUCCAUUGAAAGCUUCUUGCAGCCCACCAGCUCUCUGGAACAUUCUGGAGUCAAACCUCUCCUAGACUGCCUGCAAGUGUCACUUGGCUUCUGGAUGGAAAUGUGGCCUGCUGGACACUGGCAGGACUCCCCAGAGCCAUGUGGACCCAGCCCCUUGGACCCUCUGCCCAGUCCUGAUGACACCUGACAGAGGACAGCAUGAUGUACUUGGCCAUUCUUGAGGAGAUGUACAAUUUCCAGACAGGUCUCCAUUCUGGACCAGGGUUGGGGAGCCAGAGUGGAUCUGAUCUAGAUCAGCAUUUGCGGUUUUGUGUAUAGCGCCUAUCCCUGGAGCCUUGAAGGGUGCUUCCAAGGGGGUACCCAGUGCACAAAGGGGGAAACUGAGGCAGUCUUCAGAAAGCCGUCAUUUGCCAAGGUCACAAGGCAAGGCAGUAUAUUUGUUGCUGAGAUUAGGACCCAGAACACUGCCUCCUGACCCCAAAGGCCAGCCUUUGAAUGGCACACAAGGUCACUGCGCUGUGUGAGCCAAAGGCAUGUUUCAGGAUCUGCCAUCUCCAGCUGUGGCCGUGGUCCUUUGAGUGACUUCAUUCUGCAGUAACCUUCAGCUACCCAAGAGAGAUGGCCUCCAAGGAGUUCCCUCUUCAACUGGGCCUCCGAGAUUCUCUGAAAGUGGGUGUUUGGGCUAGACUGUGGGGUCCAUCCAUGGCUGCCUGGGGGACCAUGCUGAGAGGAUCUUCUUCCUUCCACAAGACUGGAGUUCAGGAAGCUGCAGACAGUAGUUACUUCAGGCGCAGGCUGUGCAGACCACUCAGGAUAAGCAGGGGUCUGUUCUGUGCAUUUUGGAUCCCAUCAGACUACUCCAAUGGAGCUAUAUAAGGCGGAUCGAGGCAGGCGAGGGGGGCAGCGCUGCCGAGCGGAGCCCAGGAGUGGAGCGGGAGCGAGCGAGAGCCUGAGCGAAAGACUGAGAAGCAAGCAAGAGGAAGCCUCCGGUGCAUCGGAACAGGAUCGCAGGUGCUCGGGAGCCGGAGCUGGAGCUCCACAGCCGGCAGUCAUGUACCGAUCCACCAAGGGCGCCUCCAAGGCGCGCCGCGACCAGAUCAACGCCGAGAUUCGGAACCUCAAGGAACUGCUGCCGUUGGCUGAAGCGGACAAGGUCCGGCUGUCCUACCUGCAUAUUAUGAGUCUUGCCUGCAUCUACACUCGCAAGGGUGUCUUCUUUGCUGGAGGUACUCCUCUGGCUGGCCCCACGGGGCUUCUCUCAGCUCAAGAGCUUGAAGACAUCGUGGCAGCACUACCUGGAUUUCUGCUUGUGUUCACAGCUGAGGGGAAGUUGCUGUACCUAUCUGAGAGUGUGAGCGAGCAUCUAGGCCACUCUAUGGUGGACCUGGUUGCCCAGGGUGACAGUAUCUACGACAUCAUUGACCCUGCUGACCAUCUGACUGUUCGCCAGCAGCUCUCCAUGCCCUCUGCUCUGGAGGCUGAUCGCCUUUUCCGUUGCCGAUUCAACACUUCCAAGUCCCUCCGGCGCCAGAGUGCAGGCAACAAACUGGUGCUUAUUCGAGGUCGAUUCCAUGCUCACCCACCUGGGGCCUACUGGGCAGGAAACCCGGUGUUCACAGCUUUCUGUGCCCCGCUGGAGCCAAGACCCCGCCCUGGCCCUGGCCCUGGCCCUGGCCCUGGUCCUGCUUCACUCUUCCUGGCCAUGUUUCAGAGCCGGCAUGCUAAGGACCUAGCCCUACUGGACAUCUCUGAAAGUGUUCUAAUCUACCUGGGCUUUGAGCGCAGCGAACUGCUCUGUAAAUCAUGGUAUGGACUGCUACACCCUGAGGACCUGGCCCACGCUUCUUCUCAACACUACCGCCUGUUGGCUGAAAGUGGAGAUAUUCAGGCAGAAAUGGUCGUGAGACUUCAAGCCAAGCAUGGAGGCUGGGCAUGGAUUUACUGCAUGCUGUACUCAGAAGGUCCAGAAGGCCCUAUUACUGCCAAUAACUACCCUAUCAGUGACGCGGAAGCCUGGACCCUCCGCCAGCAGCUCAACUCUGAACACACCCAGGCAGCCUGUGUCCUGGGAACCCCAGCUGUGCUACCCUCGUUCCCCGAGAAUGUCUUCUCCCAGGAGCAGUGUCCUAACCCACUCUUUGUGCCAGCCCUGGGGCGUCCCAGAAGCACCACCUUCCCCAGGGCACCUGAACUAGGUGUGAUCUCAACAUCAGAAGAGCUUCCCCAACCCCCCAAAGAGCUGGACUUCAGUUACCUGCCGUUCCCUUCUAGGCCUGAGCCUUCUCUCCAAGCAGACCUGAGCAAGGAUUUGGUGUGUACUCCACCUUACACACCCCACCAGCCAGGAGGCUGUGCCUUCCUCUUCAGCCUCCAUGAACCAUUCCAGACUCACUUGCCCACUCCAUCCAGCUCUCUCCAAGAGCAGCUGACUCCAAGCACCGUGACAUUCUCUGAUCAAUUGACGCCCAGCAGUGCAACUUUCCCAGACCCACUGACCAGUUCACUACAAGGACAGUUGACUGAAACCUCAGCCAGAAGCUAUGAAGACCAAUUGACUCCAUGCACCUCUACCUUCCCAGACCAGCUGCUUCCUAGCACUGCCACAUUCCCAGAACCUCUGGGUAGCCCUGCCCAUGAGCAGCUGACUCCUCCCAGCACAGCAUUCCAAGCACACCUAAACAGUCCCAGCCAAACCUUCCCAGAGCAACUGAGCCCCAAUCCUACCAAGACUUACUUCGCCCAGGAGGGAUGCAGUUUUCUCUAUGAGAAGUUGCCCCCAAGUCCUAGCAGCCCUGGUAAUGGGGACUGCACACUCCUGGCCCUAGCUCAGCUCCGGGGCCCCCUGUCUGUGGAUGUUCCCCUGGUGCCUGAAGGCCUGCUCACACCUGAGGCCUCUCCAGUCAAGCAAAGUUUUUUCCAAUACUCUGAGAAAGAGCAAAAUGAGAUAGAUCGUCUCAUCCAGCAGAUCAGUCAAUUGGCUCAGGGCAUGGACAGGCCCUUUUCAGCUGAGGCUGGCACCGGGGGGCUGGAGCCACUUGGAGGACUGGAGCCCCUGAACCCCAACUUGUCCCUGUCAGGGGCUGGACCCCCUGUGCUUAGCCUAGAUCUGAAGCCCUGGAAAUGCCAGGAGCUGGACUUCCUGGUUGACCCUGAUCAUUUAUUCCUGGAAGAGACGCCAGUGGAAGACAUCUUCAUGGACCUCUCUACUCCAGACCCCAAUGGGGAAUGGGGUUCAGGGGAUCCUGAGGCAGAGGUCCCAGGAGGGGCCCUGUCACCUUGCAACAACCUGUCCCCAGAAGAUCACAGCUUCCUGGAGGACUUGGCCACCUAUGAAACCGCCUUUGAGACAGGUGUCUCAACAUUCCCCUACGAAGGGUUUGCUGAUGAGUUGCAUCAACUCCAGAGCCAAGUUCAAGACAGCUUCCAUGAAGAUGGAAGUGGAGGGGAACCAACGUUUUGAAUAAGUCUGUGACUUAACGUCGUCAAGUAUGGCAUAUUGUCAUCAAGACGUGGAGCCGCUCUCCACCCCCCCGGGACUGUUGGGGGGAUUCUGGGGGCCAGAGGGGGAUAUAUCUGAUUCUCCAGGCCCUGAAGGAUUUAGGGGGGAGGGGGGAGGGUAAGGGAGGGGAGCAACUUUUUAAAAUCAAGGGACUUCGAGCGAUCCCAGUUUCCAUUUCAAUCUGUAUUCACUCGUAGUGAGCUUUCCUUGAAUGGAUUUCAAGCGGAGACUGGGGGAGUCUCACUUCCCCACCGCGCUGCCCCACGGGCCUGGGCCAGUUCUCCACUCCUAGGGGCCAAGCCACCUCUGGGUUUUGGUGGGGGAAAGGCAUGGCCCACCUGGGGCUAGCCUGUGCCCUGAGGGGCUCUUGACACCCACGUAGAAUUCUCUACAAAGCAGUAACGGGAUUUCAAUUCCGACGGACUCUGCCGCCCUGGCGGCCCUUCCUGUGACUUUUGCGCCCCGCGCCUGGGGUGGGGGGCGCGAAGAGACGCUACAUUCCUUUCCGAUGGAGGAAGGCAGACCUGCCGUCACACGUGUGCUUGCACGAGUGCGUGUACCUGGUGCGGGACUCACCCGGCCGCCAGACUGCCUGGGCUUGCCCAGGUGGCCACCUCGUGGUGCUGCGGUGACUUUGUAGCCAACUUUAUAAUAAAGUCCAGUUUGCCUUUUUGGUA